AUGGAAGACGAGAGAGAUACCUCAACUCUCCGGUCUCGGCCCAAGAAAUCGUCAAUGAGCCUUUCUUCUUGCUUCCAUGGUGGUCACCGCCGUCUCGAGUCGUUUGAGUCAUUGUCAUCGUCUCCAAUUCCGAGCUCAAUAAGGUCACCGGGUGCGUGGUUCAGAUCGAAAGCCCACGAAGUACCGGAGAUCAAAGGGAAGUGCAAGAGCUUUAUCCCAAAAAUGGGUCGUUACCGCCGCCAUUCCUCGGCAGAUUUCAGCUAUGAUCCUUUAAGCUAUGCACUCAACUUUGAGGAUGAUGAGGCUGCUGAGGAGCCACCCACGAGGAAUUUCUCGACGAGGUUGCUGUCGUUGCCACAGACGCCGAGAAGGCUUGCGGAUUUGCCCAUUCCGAAGACGGCGGAGCCACGGCGGAAUGUGGAGGGGCCGACGACGACAGAGGUGCAGAAGAGUAUCAACGUGGCGACCCCGAGGAAGGCCAUGGUGGAGGGGAGGAGGAGUGACGAGUUGAAGACACCAAGGGCGGUGGCGGUGGAAGAGGUGAGGAGGAGCCUUGAAGAGGAGGCGCCGGUGGUGGUGUCUCGGCCGCCGCGGGAGGUUAUGUGCUUUGAGUAUCCAUUUGAUGAUGACCACAAGUAUGCUGUUUUUGUGUAA